AUGGAGCCGCAUGGCUUUGCUAUCCCGCUGGCUCAAGACGCCAUGGACGGCGAGCCACCUGACUCGCCGGAUGAGCCCAAGCAGGUCACGCUGUGGACAGAGGCAGUGGGCAGAGAAGCCUGCGGCUACGUGACGAAGCCGGCGGUUUUGCAAGCCACCGGCGAGAAGAAGGGCGGGCGCCGGAAGGUGCUGCUGGAGGCUUGGGUCAAGGACUCUGAGCUGACCGAAAAGCCGAAGCCCAAGACUCGGGCGGCGACCGCACCGAAAGAGGAGCUGGAGGCGCCCGUGAAGAUCAAGCUGAAGACCGGCUUUUGGUUUAUUCGAAGGAAGGACUUUCUUGAGCUGCCAAAGAGAUGCCCGACGCAUCAGACCUUGCGCGAGAGGAAGCUUUUGGAGUGGCGCGAGGUGAGUCUGCAGGAGCUGGUGAGUGGUGAGUUGAAAAGGUCCACGGCGGCUGUGAGCCAUGUCUGGGUCACCAAGAAGCACUUCGACCCGGAGGGGGUGAAGCUGGCCAAAAUCAAAGAGACUCUCUCUGGCCCUGACUUCCAAUGGCUCCAGUAUGUGUGGCUGGACUUCAUUUGCUUGCCCCAGUUCUGGUCGGAUGAUGGGACACACGAAGACUUGAGCAAGGAAGAAGAGGAGCAUUUCGACGAGGCGGUGAGGGAUUGCAUUCCGAAUCUCUUCAUGGGCGCCUCGGUGAUCAUUCUGUGGGACGUGGAAACCGAGACGAGGUUCUGGCCCAGCGUGGAGCUGAUCAUGGCCUUGAAGACGCCCACGCUCAUCGGGGUGCUCCCGGGCCUGGACUCCGAUGAUAGGGCGACCUUUGCGUUUCUGAAGCUCUUCGACGGCGAAGAGAGCAAAAUCGAGCAGCACGCCAGGAAGCUGUGGACGAAUGCAUCCUUGGGCGCUGCCAUGGAGUAUUUGAAGCAGGACACCAUCGCCGCCGACGUGCCCAAAGACAAGACCACGGUGCUGGGUGUCUUGCAGACCUUGGAGGGCGACUUAGCACGGCUCUUUCGCAGGGAGCCCACUCUGCUGAACAUCCCCCGACACGCUAUGGCCGGGCUCACCCACGUCAAGCGCGUUCUCCAUUUAGAUUUUACGGUGGACGUGAAGCACAUCAACCGCUUCCUGAACCGAAGGACCGCCAUCAUGCUCGCUGCGGAGCAGGGGAAAGGCGACCUGCUGCGGUUGAUCCUGGCCGUGCCGGACAUUGAGGUGAACGCGCAAGACACGGGGCAUGGCUACACCGCUCUGAUGUUUGCUAGCAGGGAGGGCCAGCAAUCAUCACUUGAGAUCCUGCUGGCAGACAUCCGCACCAACGUCAAUGCCAAGGCGGACAACGGCGACACCUCACUGGCCAUCGCGCUGCACGCAGACCAAUUAGCGAGUGCAAGGCGGCUGCUUGCAGUGCCGCAGAUCGAGGUAGAUGUGAAGUCCUUGCGCUUGUGCAUCCAGAAGGAUGACCGGGACACCACCGCGGCGCUGCUGAAGUGUCCCUUGCUGCAGAUCAACUGCGAGAUCGGCGGCGGCUUCCGGGCCCUCCACUUGGCCGCGCAGCAGGGGAAGCCGCAGCUGGUGCGGCAAAUCCUGGGGUGCCCAGGCGUGGACGUAAAUGCCAAAGCUGCCAAGGACUACACUGCGUUGCACGUGGCCGUGGAGCAUGGACACCUUGAGGUGGCCAGGGAGUUGGCGGGCGCCGAGGGCAUCGAUCUGACGGCCGCCGCCUGUGACGGAGAUACUCCGCUGCUGCUGGCGGUGACCAGAAACCGCCUGGAUCUCACCAGGAUGUUUCUGAGCAUCAAAGAGAUGAACACCAACUUCCAGUCCGUCCUGGCGCUGGCGCUGCAGCAAGACUCCGAGCUCUCUCAGCUGCUUCUCAAUGACCCAGACGUGCAGAUCAGCGCAGAGCUGGCGGCCAAGUUCAAGGCUCUGGUGCAAAGGGUCCGCGACAUCAAAGAGGAGCUGGUGGCAGGCAUCGACUUCAACGGGAAGCUUCUGCGGCUGGCGGUGCAAGAAACCGCCAGCACGGAGCUUCUGAAGCUGGUCCUGGCGGCGCCGCAUAUGGAUGAUGUCAACGCCAUGGUCUUCUUCGAAGAGGGCACGGCCCUCCAAUACGCCGCUGAGAAGGGCAAGCUGGAGAUUGUGGAGACCUUGCUGGCCGUGCCCGGCAUCAACGUGAACGUGGACAAGAACGGGUGGACGGCCUUACAUGCGGCGGCGGAGCAUGGCCACACAAAGGUGGUACGGAUGUUGCUGGCCACACCAGGCAUCGACACCAACAUCCGCGCGGGCUUCUACACGCCCCUGUCCAUCGCCGAGCAGACCCGGCACGAGGAGAUCGCGGUUUUGCUGCGGGGCCUGGGGGGCAAGCGCUGGUCCAAGAGCUGGCUCACAGUCACCUCGUGAAAGGCCCUCCGAAGACGCAGCUGCGAUCACGAUCGAGAUGAAGCCACGCGCCGCCUGAGCGCCGUGAAGACAACCUGAGCGCCGGGAAGACCGUGCUCGGCGCUGGCCACGAAGCGACUUUGUGGCACACUCACCACAUGACUCACGACAUGUGGCCUCACUGGCUGCACUGCGUAUCCCAGCUGUCCAAAGAAAGCAAUUUGGCAGUGGCUCAAAAAGCCGGUACCAAAAUGGGUUGCCCUGGAAGGUGGCAACAUGGACCAAAACCUGCGGUCCGAUUCCUGGUGGUUUAAUUUUGACCCACACCCACAUGGACGAAGAGUUUCUCCAGGUGUGCGGAACAUAUUUGGAAGGCCUUGCGGCCGAGCGCGCGAUUUGCAGACCAUCUCGAGGCGAGAGAAA